CAAAAUUAAACCUAAAUCUGAAAUUUUGAUGGCUUAUAAGCAGCAGUUGUUGCAUGAGCUACUGAAUGAAGAACAGGAACCAUUUCACUUAAACACCUACAUUGCAGACAGGCAAUCUCAACUCACAAAAACCAGUCCCAGAAACACUUUACUAAUCAAGAAACGAAAGCCCAGAAUUGAUACUUCACCUACAAAUAUAAAACAUAGCAGUCUCUGUAAGAAUGCAUGCCUUUUCUCGUUCCAAAAUUCGCCGGACUACCGAAAAUCACCCUUGCAGAGCCCAUGUAAAUUGCCGAAUCGUGCUGUUUUUCUUCAUAUUCCUGCUAAAACUGCUGCACUUCUUGUUGAAGCCGCAUUGAGAAUUCAGACAAAGCAGUCAAAAUGGAAAACCCAGAUUAAAAAUGUCGGGUUUGGGUUGUUUGGGUCCAUUUUCAAGAGGCCGAAAGAUCGUACCCACAACAAAAGACGCAUGCUUGGUGUCUGUGAUAAUGAGGUCAAAGUUUCAAGAAAUUCUGAGCCAAAAAUUGACGAAAAGAUGAACAUGGAUAUUAGAAUUUCUUGUUCUUGUGAUACUUGGUCAUCGAGUAACGAGGAGAAAUCUUUGGAUUUGGAGACCUCCACUAGCUGCUGUUCUGAAGGGAGUGCCGAUGGAGAUUUUGCUUCUUGUGAAAAGCGUUUCUGCUCAAGCCCUUACAGAUUUACUCUACAGAAAAGCCAAUCAUCCUCCGGUCGUCAGACGCCUGAUUUUUCUUCGCCGGCAGCUACUCCUAGCAGCCUCAAAAAAGGGGAGAAAGCAAAUUGUGGAACAAAAAGUUCGGAAGGAGUACGAGGAGAAGAAGAGGAAGAAAAUGAUCAGUUUAGUCCAGUAUCAGUGUUGGAUCCUCCCUUUGAAGAGGACGAUGGACAAGAAAGUGCGGGUGUAACCAAGGACAGUUAUGAUCUUGAAUGCAGCUAUGUAAAUGUACAAAGUAGGUAGAGAU